UCCUCCGCAACACCCCAAAGGAAUGAGGUCACGUGGGGCGGGGCGGGGCCUGGCGGCGGCUGGAGGAGGGAAAAAAAUUAAAAAAAAUAAAAAAAGGAGGAAAAAAGAAAAUUAAAAAAAAAAAAGAAAGAAAGAAAAAAAGAAGGAAAAAAAGGAGCGAGAGAAAAAAGGGCCCCGGCCGCAGCGCCGCCGCCGCGCCGAGCCGAGCCGAGCCGAGCCGCGCCGCGCCGCCCGGCGGGAGCGGAGGGGCGGCCCCGGGGCCGCCGCUGCCGCCGCCACCAGGGAGGAUCCGCCGCGGCGCUGCUCCAAAAUGCACAGGACCACCAGGAUAAAGAUCACCGAGCUCAACCCCCACCUGAUGUGCGCCUUGUGUGGCGGCUACUUCAUCGACGCCACCACCAUCGUGGAGUGUCUGCACUCCUUCUGCAAAACCUGCAUCGUUCGCUACCUGGAGACGAACAAGUACUGCCCCAUGUGCGAUGUCCAAGUGCACAAAACCAGACCCCUCCUCAGCAUCAGGUCGGACAAAACCCUACAGGACAUUGUGUACAAACUGGUCCCAGGGCUUUUCAAAGAUGAGAUGAAGAGGCGGCGUGAGUUCUACGCGGCGUACCCCGUGGCCGAGGUUCCCAACGGCUCCAACGAGGAUCGCGGGGAAGUGUCCGAGCAGGACAAGGGGAACCUGACGGACGACGAGAUCGUCAGCUUGUCCAUAGAGUUCUAUGAAGGGUCAAGAGAGGAGAAAAAAGGGACUGUUGAGAAUGGGGACCUGGAGAAGGAGAAGAACGGGGUGCGGUUCCUGCGCUGUCCCGCCGCCAUGACCGUCAUGCACUUGGCCAAGUUCCUCCGCAACAAGAUGGAUGUUCCCAGCAAGUACAAGGUUGAAGUCUUGUACGAGGACGAGCCCCUGAAGGAGUAUUACACCCUGAUGGACAUCGCCUACAUCUACCCCUGGAGGAGGAACGGGCCCCUCCCGCUGAAAUACCGCGUGCAACCCGCCUGCAAGCGCCUCAAGCUGUCGCAGCCCGUCACCCCCGAGAGCGUCAACACCAGCGGAGCGUCCGAGUGCGAGUCGGGCAGCGACAAGGCCCCCAGCCCCGCCGCCCCCGCCGGCGCCUCGUCCCUCCCCAGCCCCGCCGCCCCGGCACACGGCUCCCCCAGCGCCGGCACCGGCACCGCGCUCAACGGCACCUCGAACUGCCACCCGCUGCCGCCCGCCCGGUGCCGCAAAACGACUGUGAACGGCAGCGCGGCCUCCGCCUUGACCUAAAGGCGGCGGAGCGGGGACUCCUGGCUGCGUUUUAUACGUCUCUAUAUAUAUAUUAUAUAUACAUAUAUAUGUGUACAUAGGGAGAAAAAAAAAUAAUUAUACAUACUUAUUUUCUAUUGAUCGAGCAGAUUAAUUUAAAGUGCAAAUAAGACACAUAAAUGUGGUGGAAUAUUGUUUUUUUUCCUUUUAUGUUGAUUUUGGUUUAAUGUUGGCUUAUGUACGCUGCACACCGGAGCCGGAGCCUUGCUGGUUUUUCUCUAACACUUUUCCCCCUCCCCAUCCCCAUCCCCGUCCCUUGUCCCCCGUCCCUUGUCCCCUGUCCCUUGUCCCCUGUCCCCUCCCGCAGCGGACGGGGCCGUGACCGGGACACCCGGCUGCACAGGUAAGGGCCAAGCACAGGUAAGGGCCAAGCACAGAAGCCAAAAACCACCCCCAACCAGCCCAGCCGUGUCCUUUUAUUUGCUUUUUGUCUCUAUUUGAAGGAUUUUGGCACCGGGUUUGAUAACACGGUGCCUGUGCCACCCCCAGCUUUGCUUUCCUGUGCAUGUUCUUGUUUCUUUGCUUUCCCUGCAUGGUCUCUGGACGGUGUUUCAGGCUCAAGCUCACACAGACGCUUCCCUUGUGCACAGUAAGUAGGUGCUUUUCCUUUUAUCUUUAGUUUUUCCCUCCACCCAGCUUAAAAAUAUGAUGGUUACAAGCUGGCGGCGAAGGGCCAGAUGGACCAAGGGGAAGAGCACAAGCCCCGCUGAAUAUGUUUCCACCUGGAAAUUUUAGCUGGGGGCAUCUAAACCAUCAGGGGCAGCAUCGGGGGUCCCAGGGGCUUCAAACGCCGCUGGUGGGUGCAGCGUCCGGUUGGGGGGUGCAGGACCCCCACAUUUCCAGCUCCCCGCUCACCUCCACGGCUUCACCACCACGUUUCAGAGCGGUUUUGUGUUCCCCCCCCCCCCUCCUCUUGCCCCCACACUGGGGUUUUUAAAGAAAAACAAAACAAUUAAAAAAUAAGACUACAGUGCCUUGAGCCAAAGGGGGAGGGGUGAGCGUGGGACGGUGCCGCCGUGUUUUGGGUGGGAGAGGGGAAGGGACCAACUUUCUAUAUAUAUAUAUAUUGACAAAAAAAGCACACGAGCCCCAGGGAAUGGAGCCCCCGGGGGUUUCUUUCCGUCCCUUCCUGGGGAGGGGGGCGAAUGCCAACGAAAAUAAGCAAGUGCCUGCAGCGCCCGGACGGCACGGCGAGAACCAAAGGAACGCAGCGCAGGGAUUGUGUGAACAGCCCGACCCCUAAGGUCAGGGAAUGUGGGAAGUUGUUACGGUAGUUUUUAAUGUUUUUAAAGUUAUUUUUCAAAGUACCGCACCCCCAUCACAGACUCGCCAGCGGCACCUUUGCUAUAGCACAGCCCUGGCACUGGGGAUGGGCCCGGAAUGUGGUGGGGGCUCCGUUUGUCUUGACUUUGACACCCCUUUUCUCCUUGUAAAUAGCCCAAAAUGGACUGAGGGAGGCGGCCGAAGUGCCUCAGUCUGGGGUUUGUGUGGGGCUCUUGGGGGGGUCGUUUUGUUUCCUGUUUUUUUCCUAUAUGGUACAAACCAAACUGCUCUGUAUGUUUGCAUCCUGUACGACGUUUUAAUGUCUUGUAAUAUAUUCUGAUAUUCAUAUAUCGUUAUCGGUUAAACAUUUGUACAACUAUACAGCUUUGUAAAUGUAAUAAAUGCUGCAGACUGGCAA